GCUGAGCGCAGGCGGGAUUCUUGAGGAGACGCGAAGGCGCGGGAAGAGCUCGCCUCAGUUCCUUUCUGAAGCCUGGCAAACAAAGACCGCUCGCCAUGUAUCCCCCAGCCAAGCGCCCCUGCGUCAGACCCAGUGCGUUGGACCGCAGCUUCCAGAAACGCCUGAAGAAAAUCGCCAUUGAAGGCAAUAUCGCUGCAGGGAAGUCCACAUUUGUCCAACUACUAGCAAGAAACAGUGAUGAGUGGGAAAUAAUUCCUGAACCAAUUGCCAAGUGGUGCAACAUCCAGACAACUGAAAAUGAGUCUGAAGAACUUUCAACAUCUCAAAAGAGUGGUGGAAAUCUCCUUCAGAUGUUAUACAACAAACCUACAAGAUGGGCUUAUACAUUCCAGACUUAUGCCUGUUUGAGUAGAGUUAAAGCACAAUUAAAACCAAUUUCUGCCAAGUUACUUGAAGCAGAACAUCCUGUACAGUUUUUUGAGAGAUCAGUCUACAGUGAUAGGUAUGUGUUUGCCUCCAACUUAUUCGAAUCGGGAGAUAUCAAUGAAACAGAGUGGGCAAUUUAUCAGGACUGGCAUGCAUGGCUUCUGAACCAGUUUGACUCCAGCCUAGAGCUAGAUGGUAUUAUCUACCUCAGGACUACACCUGAGAAAUGCAUGGAGAGGCUACGCCAUAGAGGCAGAGAAGAAGAAGAAGGAAUUCCACUGGAAUAUCUAGAAAACCUUCACUAUAAACAUGAAACCUGGCUUUAUGAGAAGACAAUGAAGGUGGAUUUUGACAAUCUUAGAGACAUACCAGUUUUGGUUUUAGAUGUUAAUGAUGAUUUCAAAAAUGAUGAAAUAAAACAAGAAUACUUAUUGGAAAAAGUCAAGGCUUUUUUGACAACUUAGCAACUAAAAAUACCAGUCUAGGAGGAUAUUUGGAGAAGUGCCAUUUUAUCUAGUGUGUAACUUUGUACAGUAAACAGUCCCUGCUUUAUUUGUAUGGACAUAAGGUGAAAGGUUGCUACCCAGCAGAAAAGAAAAGCUUUAAUACAUAGAUGUAAAAAGUUAUUCAAGACACUGGGAAUAUUUUCAGAACCAACUCAUCUUGUGGUCUGAGUUUCUCUGAGGUAAAAUGAGAGAAUUUGUGCAUCUUGCUCAAGUAUACAACUUAGAAGAAAUUCUACUCAUUACUGGAAGUGUCUAAAAAGCUUACUUGAAAGUUAUGUUCAGAUAACUUGUUUUGUGUAUAUCGCAUGUUUUAAGUAGAAUAAACAUUUUGUAAAUAAAACCUUUGUGAA